AUGGUCUCCUUCCUCGUCGUCGCGGCGCCCCAUCUCAUACCCUGCCCUGUGGACCCGCGCACACUUGCCGACUCUGCAGAUCCCACGGGCGAGAACCGGCGGCGGCGGCGGCGGAGACGACGGAUUGUAGAAACGGAAGAGAGGGAGGGGUGUACGGAUGGACAAAGUGACGAGCAGAGGCAGAGACAGAGAUGGGCGUUGGAGGAGAAGCUGAGCGCACGGAGGGAGUGUCCGGUGCCAAAACCUGGUGGGCUGAUUGGUACGGUGUUGGGGGUCGGGGAGGAGCGAGGGAAGGAGGAGGAAGAGGAGGAGAAGGAGAGAUUGGGGAUUAUGCAGAGGGUGGAGAAGGUGGUGUGUAGGUCUUGGGGCAAGGGCGAUGAUCCAUGA